UGUCAACAAGUGCGUCACCGCGCUCUGCCACGUUCUACCCGGGAAGGCGGAGCUAAAGCAAUUCUGGUAGAGAUCGGCGUAAACCAUUGCCGCCAUCUGAGUCCCUGAACUGGUUGUUAGAUGGCAUUUGAUUGACAUAGGAUGUGCCAAAAUGUCAACUGUCAAGUCGAAAGAGGAAAACGAAAAGCCAAAUAAGCUAUUUGCUAUUUAAUUCAUUUUAUAAUUAUUUUAAUAUUUGGACUCCAUAUAAAUUGUUAGAAAUACAAUUUUUGAAUAUAAAAAAUGAGUCGUAGACGGGCGCAUGAAGACGACGAUGGUUAUGAGAGAGCCUACCGAAAAAGGCGUCGUGUAUCCGAAAAUCAAGAAAUAGAAGACAGAUUAGAGUCCCUAAUUCUACGAGUCGGUGAAAAAAGUACAUCAUCUCUAGAAAGCAACUUAGAAGGCUUAGCAAGUGUCUUAGAAGCAGAUUUGUCGACAUUCAGAGCUAAAAUUUUACGAAUUUUAACCGAUUGCGCCAUUCGAAUGCCCGAAAAAUGUACGAUUUACACGACCUUAGUAGGUUUAUUAAACGCUAAGAAUUUCAAUUUCGGCGGAGAGUUUGUAGAAUAUAUGGUAAAGAGUUUCAAGGAAUCUUUGAAACAAUGUAAAUGGGACGCAGCGCGAUAUGCUUUAAGAUUUUUGGCGGAUUUAGUUAAUUGUCACGUAAUAUCUGCUACUUCUCUAUUACAAUUAUUAGAUAAUAUGAUAGAUACAGCAAAUGAAGACAAUGUACCUCAAGUGAGACGAGAUUAUUACGUUUUUGCUAUACUAAGUACCCUCCCAUGGGUGGGUAGAGAGUUGUAUGAAAAGAAAGAAAAGUCAUUGGACCAUUUGAUCAUUCAAAUCGAAAUAUUUCUAAAUAAAAGGAACAAAAAGCACCAUAAUGCUUUGAGAGUUUGGUCAGUGGACACACCCAGUCCACAGGUAGAGUAUCUUGAUUGCUUGUGGGCUCAAGUGAAAAAACUAAAACAGGACAAUUGGGCAGAGAAACAUAUCCCAAGACCUUAUUUGGCUUUUGAUUCUAUACUUUGCGAAGCUUUACAGCAUAACUUACCAUCAAUUCUCCCUCCACCUCAUCAUGACAGUUAUGAAUAUCCAAUGCCUUGGGUAGUGUUCAGAUUAUUCGAUUAUACUGAUUGCCCAGAAGGUCCAAUUCUACCAGGAGAGCACUCGAUCGAACGAUUCUUAAUAGAAGAACAUCUACAUUCUAUUAUAGAGUUGUAUCAUUUGGAAAGAAAGGAUUGUGCAGCACAUUUAUUAAAUUUUCCUUACAAGCUGAAGAUUCCUUUGGAAUAUUGCAUUGUUGAGGUAAUUUUUGCUGAAUUAUUUCACAUGCCAACUCCUAGAUAUUUAGAAAUCGCCUAUGGGGCUGUAUUGAUUGAACUUUGUAAGCUGCAACCUUCUACCAUGCCACAAGUUUUGGCUCAAGCUACUGAAAUGCUUUUUAUAAGGAUUGAUUCCAUGAAUGUGUCUUGUUUCGAUAGAUUUGUACAAUGGUUUGCUUAUCAUUUAAGCAACUUCCAAUUUAGAUGGUCUUGGGACGAUUGGGACACCUGUUUGACUUUGGAUGAAGAUCAUCCCAAGCCCAAGUUUAUCAGAGAGACUAUGUUGAGAUGUAUGAGAUUGUCGUAUUUCCAGAGAAUUAGAGAAAUUUUGCCGCCGACUUUUUCAAAAUAUAUUCCAGAAAAACCAGAGCCGGACUACAAGUAUGCUCAAGAAGCAGCGACAACCCUUCCCGGUACCGAAGCGGCCCACAAACUAGUAGUGUCCAUCCGUCAAAAAUGCACCCCCGAAGAAGUCCUCGCAGUAUUAAAAGACCUACCCAACCCGCGAUCGGCCGAAGAAGGCGACCGCCCCUUCAAUCCGCUCAAGAUCGACGUGUUCGUUCAAACGCUAUUGAAUCUCGGCUCGAAGAGUUUUUCGCACAGCUUCGCCGCCAUAUCGAAGUUCCAUUACGUGUUCAAGAUAUUGGCCGAAUCCGAGGAGGCUCAGAUUUGCAUUCUGAAAAACGUGUUCGAAUUGUGGCGCAACCAUCAGCAGAUGAUGAUCGUGCUGGUCGAUAAGAUGUUGAAGACGCAGAUCGUGGAGUGUUCGGCGGUAGCGAACUGGAUUUUUUCCAAAGAAAUGACGCCGGAAUUCACGAAAAUGUACCUGUGGGAAAUCCUGCAUCUGACCAUAAAGAAAAUCAACAAACACGUCAUCAAACUGGGCGCGGAAUUGACGGACGCCCGUGAAAAACUCGCUCGGGCCGAAUCGAGCGACAGCGAUUCGGACGAAGACGAAACGAAGAAAAAGCCAGAAGACGCCGAAAAACCGACCGAGGAAAUGGUGGAGGGUAUCGAGGAAAAGUUGGAGAGCGCGCAGGCCGAUCAGAAGCAUUUGUUCUUGAUCAUUUUCCACAGGUUCAUUAUGAGCUUGUCGGAGCAUUUGGUCAAGUGCGAUACGGACGGUAAAGAUUUCAAUACGCAUUGGUACAAGUGGACUAUCGGAAGGUUGCAGCAAGUAUUUUUAGCGCAUCAUGAGCAAGUUCAAAAGUACAGUUCGACAUUGGAGACGCUUUUGUUCACGCAAGAUUUGGAUCAUCACAUACUGGAGGUGUUCCAGCAAUUCGUUUCGUUAAGAGCUUAAAACCGUUUUAAUGUUUAUGUUUGUGAAAUACCACAUUUUUUUUUAGGUUUUCCUGAAAGUUUUUUUUCUGGUGUAAAAUGUUUUAUAUUAUAUAACAAUUCUAUUUCUUAGAAUU